CAGCUCUCUGCGCCUCUGCUCGGGUCUUUACGGUACCUGGAGGUUCGGCUCUCUGCGCCUCUGCUCGGGUCUUUACGGUAGCGGCUGUUCCUUCUGCUGCGGUUCUGUUCGGUGCCAGAACCUCAGUGACGCUGGACUUCUGGACUCUGUGUGAUUCAUCCUCAGCUCUGCGGCUUUUCUCUCUUUAUUUGCAGAACAUCCUCCGCCGGUCCGUCCGCCGGUCCGUCCGCCGCCUGCAGCAGCUCCUCUGCGGGAUCAGCCUCCAGCAGCCGCCGCUGACCGGAGCUCCGGGAUCAGAUUAGAGUCGUUAUAUAAUCCGCUGAUCUGUGCGCUCGGAGCGCUGCUGUCUGCGGAGCUGAGGGUUCGGUUCGGUGUGUGUUCUGCUGUAGAGAGACUAUUCCGUCCGUGUUCAUGCCAGAUCUGCAGCGCUUCAGUUUUCCGUACCAUAGCAUGAAUCCUUUGUUGGGGGGCACCGCGCACCUCCAGCCGCCGCAGCAGAGCCACACGCCCGGACACCCGGACUCCCCCUCCGGCCUCCUGCCCGACCCGGUGUUCGGAGCGGCGGACCCGGCGUCCUUCCUGCUGGGAGAGCAUCCGGGCUCCGGGGCCGACCUCCCCGCCCCUCCGCCCUUCCUGCACCACAGCCCCGGCGGCGGCGGCUUCCCGCACCGCGCCGCGCCGCACCCCCCCGCCGCCAUGGCGCUGCGGAACGACCUGGGCUCGAACAUCAGCGUCCUGAAGACCCUGAACCUGCGCUUCCGGUGCUUCCUGGCCAAAGUGCACGAGCUGGAGCGCCGGAACAAGGUGCUGGAGAAGCAGCUGCAGCAGGCGCUGGAGGCCCAGCAGGCCGCUCCGGGCGGAGGGGAGGCCGGCGGGGCGCGCACCCAGGAGGCCGCCGUGCAGACCGGCUUCGUGGGCACCAUCCCGCUGCGGCCCGGUUCGCUGCCUUUCCACAACACCAACAACUCGGCCCGCAGGCCCACCUCCCUGUUCCCGCCCGGCACCGGCACCGGCACCGGCCUCCCCCCCGCGGCCUCCGACGGUUCGGCCCAGACCUGCGCCCCCCACCCCGCCAUCACCGUCAGCCAGGCCUCCCCCUGCCCGGACUCUCCAGGGCCCAAGCCGGCCUCCGGCAGCACCAACCCUCCGCCCCGCUUCCUCCCCGGAACCAUCUGGUCCUACAACCACAGCCGCCGGUCCGGGCCCGGAGCCGAGCGGCUGAGCAGCCCCGGGGUGUCCUGGGUCCACCCGGACGGGGUGGGGGUCCAGAUCGACACCAUCACUCCGGAGAUCAGAGCGCUCUACAACGUCCUGGCCAAAGUCAAGAGGGAGCGGGACGAGUACAAGCGGAGGUGGGAGGAGGAGUACACCAUGAGGAUGGACCUGCAGCAGAAGAUCACAGACCUGCAAGAGGACCUGCAGGAGAGCGAAGGUUGUCAGGACGAACUGGCUCUGAGGGUCCAGCAGCUGAAGGCCGAGCUGGUUCUGUUCAAAGGCCUGAUGAGCAACAACCUGUCGGAGCUGGACAGCAAGAUCCAGGAGAAAGCCAUGAAGGUGGACAUGGACAUCUGCAGGCGCAUCGACAUCACGGCUCGGCUGUGUGACGUCGCCCAGCAGAGGAACUGUGAGGACGUGAUCCAGAUGUACCAGGUUCCCAACAACCAGCCGGCCCUGAACUGCCGCCGCAAACAGACGCCGCUGUCCUUCAACGGCAGCGAGUGCGACGACACGGUCAGCACCUCGGAGAGCGACGGCGGGUUGGUCCGGGACGACGAGCACGGAGGCUCAGCGGCCAAUCAGAUCAACGAGGAGAUGCAGAGGAUGUUAAACCAGCUCCGUGAGUGUGAGUUUGAGGACGACUGCGACAGCCUCGCCUGGGAGGAGACGGAGGAGACACUGCUGCUUUGGGAGGACUUCCCAGGAUGCACUCUGCCUCCUGACCCCGCCCACCCACCUGGAGAGCAGGACGACUGUCUGGAGAAGGUGAUCAGCGACACCGAGUGUCUGUUCAAGUCCCGAGAGAAGGAGUACCAGGAGACCAUCGACCAGAUCGAGCUGGAACUGGCCACAGCGAAGAGCGACAUGAACCGACACCUGCACGAGUACAUGGAGAUGUGCUCGAUGAAGCGAGGCCUGGAUGUUCAGAUGGAGACCUGCAGGAGGCUGAUCACUCAGAGCGGAGACAGUAACUCUGCAGCUCCGACGGCUCCCGACGACGGCGACCAGAGAGAAAACGACAGAUCUUCAUCGUCCCCGCCCUCGUCUUCCUCCAGGUCUUGACACCUGGCUGUGGUCACAUGACCUCUGGCUGCAGGACCGCACCCCCGUAACUAUGGCAACACCAUGUUUACAUACGAGCAUCUUUAUAUCGUCAUGUCGUUUAUGUUGGUCCGAACCAGUCGGAGGAAAGUGACCGAGUCCGGAUGUAAGACGAGUGAGUCCUGUGACGGAUGAAGAGUUUUGUUAGAUUAUUAGACACCGUUAGCCGUCUGUAGACGAUACCUCGCCACAGGAAGUAGCGUCUGACUCAUUCACUCUACUGUAGUAACCAUACCGAUGUGGAGGCCAUCUGCUGAGGCCUCUGGAUCUUUACAGUCACUCAUCCACCGUCCAUCCGUCCACCAGUACAGUCUGUCCACCGCUCCAUUAGCAAGUCUGGAUUCAAACAUUGUAAGAUGUCAUGAGUCAGCAUUUUACUGCCUCACAGCUGCAGCAUCACUUUGAGUUCCGUCAUCAAACCAGAAGUAGAUCCAAACAUGUUCAACGAGACAGAACCAACACCAGAACUGUGUUUCUGUCUCCGACCAGCAGCACGCCUCCUUCACGAUGGGUUCAAAUCUCCAACACGCUGUUAGAGGUUCUAGUGAAGGUCCGAGGGCUGAGGACCGGCCUUCUGGUGGCCCAUGGCGGGACUCCAGCUCAUCAACUCACCUCUAAAUGAAACGAAGCAGCUUCCUGCUUGUGUUGCAUCAAAAACAGUGAAAAGGUCUCGUUUAGGUAAUUAUUAGCUGUGAAAUACCUGGUCAGGCUCCCCGACAAAAAUCUACCUUUAAUCUGUCAAUAGACACCAAAAACAGCUUCCAGUGCAAAUCUUAGUAAAUGUAGUUUAGUUGUAGGCUGAGGACGAGGAGGAACCUGCAUCGACUUCUCCGUAGAGGGAGCAAAAUAACUUUCGGCACCAACAAGUUGAUGAUUGAUGUGACGCAGGAGGCCGCCGGCCGUCAGGCGGCACGCUCAGCUGGAUGCAUGUUAGUGUUCAGGGUUAGAUUCAGCUGCGGUGGCUGAAGUCCACCGAGUCGUGGAGAAGCUGUUAGCAGUCGGUGGAGAGCCUGCAUGAGACGAGCAGGUCCAACACAGAGGAACAAAAUAAUCAUCAUGUAGCCGUCGAGUGCCAAAACACAGGAACAGGUCAGAGUGAGUCAACGGGACACGGCGGGAAAAAAAAGACUGAAGUCGCUGCCGAAGCUCUUGUGGUGCUCCAUGUAUAUAAUAAAGCUGUUUUUGAGCCUGUUUGCACUGAGAGGGAAGCAGAACAGUAGAAUCUGAAUCAAUCAGCACCGGUACUGGACCGACCAGAACAGACGACGCUGGAAACGGACUCUUCAUGUCUUCUGCUCCUUUCACACAUACCUCAUUGUUAUUUCUGUUGUGGACACGUUAAACCACAAACUGCUGCAGGAAGCUGUGCAGGGCGCCGCCUCUGCUCCUGAGCUCACGUCCCUACAUGUAGUUCUGCUGUAGUUCUGCUGUGAAAUUAUGUCUUGUUUCAGUAAGUUAGGAGGAUUUAAAGUGACGCAUGUUGGAAUCAGCUGAUCAGACGGAGGAUGUGGAGACACUGACCACCGUUUCCUCUGUACUGUGUUACCUGCACACACUGAGUGAGUCUAUGUAUGCAUGUGUCAGUGUGUGUUUCUGGUGUUUAGUCUGAGGGUUUUUAAAAAGGCUUUAACUGACGCACAACACCAAACAGAACGAACAGAACAAGUCCAGUAUGAAGCUGUUUAACUUCAAUCUGUGACAUUUGAGCCAAAUCAAACCAGACCAAUCAGACGAUAUGGAGGUUUUUUCCAUUGGGACUUUCCUUUAUGAGUGUGUGGCGGCCGAGUAAAGUCAGUUUAAAAAUACCUCAGAACAGCCAACUACUGAAAUGCAAAUGCUUUAGCGAAAUGACGUCGAUGGCUUUGACAUUAUCUGUGUAAAGGAAAUAUAGCUUUGAAUAUAUACUUGUGUUUAAAGACUGCAGAAGAAGACUGACCUCAGUCACACACCUGAAAAGAAACUUGCAAAAGCUUUGAACUCACUCGAUGACCUGACUGCUCUAUUUAGCUUCUCAGAGGAGAUUUUGGCAGUUAAGAAUUAAAAUACCUUCUUUUUUUUUGUCUGUCUACAAUAGAAAGUCUCAAAAUAUUCAUUUAAAUUUGUGUCACACAAGAAUUUGGCAUCUUCCUGGUUCUGGAUCCAGAUGUGUGACUUUGCAGCUUUAAACAUGAGGACAGAGUAACUGUGGCUGAACAGCUUCAGUGUGUAACGAGAGAGACUGAACGAAUAAAAGAUGCAACUGAGCAACAAA